AGUUUACAGUCAGCUCUGCGCUGGUAAAACCAACAAAGGGCCGUGUAAGUGAGGUGCCAUUCCCCUCUGAUACGGCAGUGCAGCAGUUUGGACAGCCGUUUACAAGUCAGUGUGUACAGAAAGAACCAGCCAUGGGUGUAAAAGUGUUGAUUGUGGCCCUGGUUAUCCUGGUAACACUGCAAAAGGCUUCAGCAGCGGAGGAGACCAUCAACAUCAACAUGGGUCGGUACCCUGUAGGUGCCAUUGCUGAGCUGCUGGAGCAAGGAGGAGACACUGGAGGAGAUGAGGGAGGAACAACAGACAGUCAGCUGGGCCAGGCGUAUGUUCAGAAACUAUUCCAGGACAUGUCAGGCAACAGUCAGCUGGGAACUCUGGACAUGACAGACAUGGGUCAGGACAUGGUUAUUGCUUUGAUGCUGGGACAGAUGAAGGAGAUGCAGGCACAGAACAAAGAGAUGCAGGGGCAGCUCAAAGAUCUGACAGGCCAAGUCAAGAACCUCACAUUGGAUCUCUGCCUCACCGAAAAGACCUGCUGUAACAAGACCCUAACCUGCCCCAGUGGCUAUGAGCGGUUCUGUGAAAAGCCCGACAUGUGCUACAAGUUCUCAACCGACGAGAAGAACUACGCCGAUGCCAGGUCCGCCUGUAAGGCUGCCGGCGGGCACCUGGCCAUGCCUAAGGACAAGGCAACAAGCGAGUUCCUGGCCAAGCAGGUACCUCUAAUAAAUAACAAACAGAAACACAUCUGGAUCGGUCUGACAGACCAGGUUCAGGAGGGAACCUUUGUGUGGGACGAUGGUUCUAACCUUGGCGCCGGGUGGAGUGACUGGGCACUGAAUCACCCUGAUCAGGGUUCUUUGAAAAGCAGUUUUAACUGUGUUAUGAUGGCAUAUGUCAAUGCCUACAAGUGGACAGAUUUACCUUGCAGUGGUUUGCUUUCUUACAUAUGUGAGGUGAAGGCCACUACAGCUGCUCCCUAAGCCAUGUCCUUGUUGCCUGGCUACAAUGUAUCAUCAUCAUCAGUCACUGGGAUCUGCUAUGACUGAGUAUGAGUUAAAGUAAUGCUUAAGGAUGCUAAAAUUUCCCAAGAUUUGUGACAGUAACUUGAUAUACAACAUUUCUUUAUUUUUGGGCGAGGUAUGUGUGCUUAAAACUAUCCUGUGAAGUUUUGAGUGUGAUAAUUUUU